CAGAGUGGAGGGAGGGAGAGGAAAGCAGAAAAUGAGAGUGUGGCAAGACAGCGGCUCAUAGUGACAGCAGGGGCAGAGAGAGGCAGAGCAAGCGAGUGAGCUGGGAAAGAGAAAACUGACAGUGGGGGAAAAAAUGCAGGAAAGACACUGAAGCUGAGCUGAUGGAAGAGACAACAAGAAACUACAGCCAAGGCUAGAAAGAGUCGUUAGGAAGCAACAGUGAGGGAGCAGAGAGAAAGUGAGGAAACUGACUGAUUUGUCCAAGUGUGUUUGUGAUGUGCAACUGGCGGUGCUUAAAUCAUAGCGUGGAGUGUGUUUGCGUGAGCGGGUCUGAUUGUGCUACCAGUACUGCCUGGAAAACGUGCUUGGUGGAUUAUGAGAGAUCAAGACGAGGACGAUUGUGUGUGUGUGUGUUAGAGAGUGUGUGUUUACUGGUGAACAAAAGGGCUAGGUGCAGCUUGCUCGUGAGUGUGCGUGUUUAGAUGAAAAUAUCGUGCAGCUGGAGAGUUGCUUGAGGAAAGGGAAAAGAUAGCUGAAGCACUUGAGGAUGCCAGGGCAUUCAGGGACAAAGCACAGCUCUCUGAAAACUGCCGUCUGAGUAUAUCAGACCCAACGAGGGAAAGCAAACCAGUAAACGGGCAAAUAAGUUGAAGGCAAAUAAGGCGAAACCAUGGGAGCACGUGUCUUCUUGAGCCAUCAACGGAACUAUUUGUAGGACCAAAGCAUCUCUGUUUGCUGCUGACUACCUCAGAGCCACGAAGACUGUAGAGUUUGGAGGUCUACUUGAAGGAUCGGCAGGGGUCCAUUAUAGUGUCCAGUGAUCCCUUGAUGUCUUCAGCACCCAGCCAUGGGAGAGUGGACCAUUUUAGAGCGCCUCCUAGAGGCCGCUGUGCAGCAGCACUCUACAAUGAUUGGAAGGAUUCUACUGACGGUUGUGGUAAUAUUUCGUAUCCUGAUUGUGGCCAUCGUAGGUGAAACGGUCUAUGAAGACGAGCAGACCAUGUUUAUCUGCAACACCCUCCAACCUGGGUGCAACCAGGCCUGCUAUGACAAGGCCUUCCCCAUCUCCCACAUCCGAUACUGGGUCUUCCAGAUCAUCCUUGUUUGCACGCCCAGCCUCUGCUUCAUCACCUAUUCAGUGCAUCAGUCGGCCAAACAACGUGACCGUCGCUACUCCUUCCUCUACCCAAUGAUGGAGAAGGACUACAGUCGUGAGGGUACCCGCAAACUUCGCAACAUUAAUGGCAUUUUGGUGCAGCACUCUGACAGCGGUGGUGGAAAGGAUGAGCCUGAUUGCUUAGAGGUUAAAGAGAUCCCAAAUGCUCCAAGAGGCCUCCUGCAUGGCAGGAGCUCCAAAGUACGACGACAAGAGGGCAUCUCUCGCUUUUACAUAAUCCAAGUGGUGUUCCGCAAUGCACUGGAGAUAGGCUUCUUGGCGGGACAGUAUUUUCUAUAUGGCUUUAGCGUGCCCGGCAUCUUUGAGUGUGACCGCUAUCCCUGCCUGAAGGAGGUGGAGUGCUAUGUAUCACGACCCACUGAGAAGACGGUCUUCCUAGUGUUCAUGUUCGCAGUGAGUGGGAUCUGCGUCGUGCUCAACCUUGCCGAGCUCAACCACCUCGGUUGGAGGAAAAUCAAGGCAGCCAUUCGAGGUGUGCAAGCCCGCAGGAAGUCCAUCUGUGAGAUCCGCAAAAAGGACAUGGCCCACCUGUCACAGCCGCCAAACCUGGGCAGGACCCAGUCCAGCGAGUCUGCUUAUGUCUGAUCUCCAUUCACCUAAAAAUGGUCACAAGGAGUGGAGCAGAGUGGAAUGAGGUUAUGGUACUUGUGCAAAUGUUUAAGAUGGCAAAGGGGGAGGGACUCAGCACAGCCACACCUCUCUCCCACAAGCCACUCCCUCCCUCUUCAAGCCGUAUGACAAUGUUUGAGGAAGUUUGCAGAUGUUAGGCUUCUGGAACAGCAUGCAAGGACAAAGCAUAAAAGGUAAUUUUUGAGUCUCCAAUACAAGGAUCAAUGGAAGGGUGAAGAGGUAUAAUACAGAAAAGUGAUGGAGGUCUAACACAGAAUGUAAUGCAAAUGAAAGAAUCUGGGUCUGUUUUCCCACUUUUUUCACUCUCACAUCUUGAGGAAAAAGGGAAAACAUGAGAGCAUGUUAGCAUGAGAGCGUAGCAUUAAAGUAACCUCCCACUUUCCUCAACCAUUGUCGCUAAAAUGGUGCCAGAAGAAGAAUACUGUUUAGGUUUGCUCUCCUGGCAGUGCAUCGGUCUAAAACAAACAACGGGUGGGAUAUAAACAUUGUUACAGCAGUGGCACCUUCACUUUGACAUUUGAUCGAACAAACAUAAGCAUCUUCUUUUGUAAUCUCUCUCUGGUUGUCCUAAAAGACUAGGAGAGGAUUAUUACCUCCACGCAAAGUGUUCCCUUCCAUAAAGACACUCACUGUUACGUGUUCAAGUCAAAUAUUCAUCCUUCUUGUGGUGCAUGAAUGUGUGUUUAUAUGUAUGUAUGUGACCAAAGUUGAAAGAAUUUAGAAAUCACAGAUUCCUUUUUGUUCUUUUUAAGAUUAUACUUUUUUUCUGCAAAGGUUGGUGCCAUCAACUUAAAUGACUGUUUAUUUCAGAAUAUUAUUUAAAAGUUUAUUGCAAAGUUAGAUUAUUUAUCUUUACUGGGAAAGAGAGCCAACCCUGCUGAAAAGAAUUUCCAUGUUGGGCCAAGGCUGGUUUAUGCUGGUUAUUGCUGGUUUAACUCAUGCAGAAGAAUAACAAGCUGUGCACCAGCAAAAAAAAAAACAAAAACCAGCAUGGUCGUUCUGGUGAAUGUGGUUAGGGAAGGAAGUCUUGUGUGUUAUGAUAGAUGCUUGAUGGGGACAUCCAUGGAAAGAAUUGAAGAAAUGUUUUCAUGUAUCCAAAUGUUUGAGAUUAAUUUAUUAUAAAAAAAAUUAGCAUAAAGGUAUAUUUCAAAGGCAUGUUUACAAAGCUUUAUCUGACUUUUGAAAUGAAAAUCGAUGUUCAUUGUGUGUUGUUAGGAAAAAGGAUAAAUUUACAGUGUUUUUAUUAGCUUUUUUUUCUUCUCGUCACGUGUUAAUCGGCAUGCCUUUACUAUUAAGAAAAGAAGAAGCUUAGAAAAUAUAUGUAUGCAUUGCACUUUGUGGGGAUGGGAAGAGUGGAUAAAAGGAGAGACUCACUCUGGGGAGGACAUUAGCGGUGGGAAAGUGAGCCUUUUGAAUUGGUCCAUCUGAAAUAAGACCGAUGACAAGUACGUAGCUAUGUGCGUGUAUGUAGCUGUGAUCCACUGUGUGCCUUUGUUUACACAGUGUGGGUUAAAGCAGAGUGUAAACUCUUUAACGAACACACACAAAAAACAUUUGAGUUGUCAUUCAGCCAAUUUUAGUACUAGGCCCACUAAAGAACGUACUUGUGCCUACACCGCCCUGACUCCACUCUGCACAUGCACAUAAAACAACCCUGUGUAGACAGAACACAGUGCAACUAACACGGACCAGCUCACUGACAUACCGCAGACACAGAAAACACUGUCAGACAAGUCACAGAGAGAAAGAGAGGAAACUGCAGAGGCCCUUUAAUAGCAACACAAUUGUCCUGACUUUGGCAUUUCUUGCAGAAAAAGUUCUUCGCAGGAAAGUGUGUGUUUAUGUUUAGCUUGACAUGAAGUGCAGUUUAGCUACAAUUUUGAUUCAGGCCAGAAGUCAGUGUGAGGAUGGAUAUAGUUGUUUACAUCUAAAUUGAAUGAGAGGUAUAAAAUCGGCCACAUUUAUUAGGCGUCCAAAGCAAGUCACAUUUGUUUUACUGCCAAUGUAAACAGCUCGUAAAUGAUUCGUAAAAACUUAGAAGCAAUUGUGGACUUUUCUGUACUUCAUCCAAGAUGAGAACAUGAUUACAUUUAGACCCAGGGUACAAAAUUAAAACUCAUGAAGCGGUAAAUGUGAUUGGCGAGCACAUAAACAAAGCUACUUGCCAGUUUAUUAUGAACGGCAACAGUGCUGCAAUAAUAUGACCCACAACAAAGUGAUGCAAUUCAAAGACAUACAAACUACUACUGCUGUUAUUUUUAAUUUAAAUGCAAAUACAGUUUCAUGGCCAUUAAUAAAUAUUCAGGGCUGGCACACGUUCUAAAUACACCGGCCAUUUGCCAGCAUGGUAAAAAAAAAGUUAAUUUUAAACCCUGUGUAUACACUCUAAAAAAGCUAUUUAUUGAACAGUAUUUAUAGAACUAAAUCUAACACAAAUUUAAUGGGGUUUGCAUAAAACAACACAAAAUGCCAGUGAAAUAAUAAAAAUAAAUAAAAAAGAGUCAACAAAACAUAAUGUUAAGCUUUAAAAAGGGGUUUGAUAUUUUUACUGGAAAACAAGACUUACUUAAUUUACUUCAGAGUAAAUAAAUAGUAACAGCUGAAAGUAAGGUUCAACAAUCUUUCUUAACAUAAAAGUUUGAUUAUAUCCUAGUCGUGACCAGUUUAACAUGUAAAUUAAGGGAUUAUAGCCAUUAUUUUAUGGGGUAUAAAUGAAAUGCACCCUAUACUUGGGACCAAACAUAUGUGUACCUUCUCCUGUGUUAGAGAAUUCCAAUUCUUUUAUUCCGAUAUGGAAAACUGUCCAAAUCAUAACCUCUGUAACUAUGCAGCAUUAAAGGGCAUCUUUUACAAGCAUGUUAUUUUCAAGUGCAGUUCAGAGAUUAUGAAGACUGCUUCCCCAAGUGAGAACUUCUUCAUGUGCUUAAUCCACUCUUCUCCUCAGUCUAUUUUUAUAAAACCCUAUAUCAGAGUUUGAAUACUAGACAAAAAAGAACAAUGUCAGAUUUUGUUUCUUCUUUUUAUUUAUUUCAGCUUUAUGUGUGUUACUCUUUUUUACAGUGCUGUAAUAUGAGGGACACAGCAGGGGGUAUUUAAAGACCAGAAUUAGGGUUUGAAGUAAAAAAGUGGCUUUACUUGCCAAAGUCUUGUUAUAUGCAACUUAACUAAUUGGGUCUCGGUGAAUGGGUUGUUCAAUUACUGUAAAGCAUGUGCAACUGAUAUGGAAAGCAUGUUUUUGUUCUUUUAUUUCGCUCUUUUUUAUGGAACAGGAAAGCAGGGACAAGUAAAUGGCAUGGUUAAAAAUGGUAAAUAUUUCAGGCAUCAAAGGGCCAAAACUAAAUUAUAAGACUAUAGCAGGUUUUUUUAAACUACGCAGACUGCAAUCUUGUUGAAAGCAUAUGCAACGCUUGAUUUUCAGCACAAACUUUUGACAUGAGGGUCAAAAAGUAUUUGUAUGAUUACACACAUCCUGUCACUGCCAGACAAUUUUGUAGAAAAUAACUGUUUCACAAAAAAUGUUUUUGAGACAUAAUUGAUGUGUAAGUAAGCAACCUGCGUGUUUAAUUGACAUUAUGAUGUUAGCCUACUGCCACUUAUCAUCAUCUUAAAUGUAAGAUGAAGACAUUAACUGCUGAUAUUUCAAAAAGUCAUAAUGAUAAUUAAACACUCAUAAAACACGGCGGACCAGUGUACAUGAAAAAAAUGUCUCAGGUGACAGAUUUUUAAAAAAUUGUUUCUACAAUUAUUGUUCAAUGUACAGUAUCUUUGCGAAAGCCAAUUGAAAGUUUGCCCAUGUUUUCUACAGUUAAAGAACGAAAACUACUGAUAAACUAUUUAAUAAAAGAAUAUGUUUCGCAAACAUGUAUACCAUGAUAAUAAUCAGAAUAAUGCUCAAACAUAGGUCUAACGAGUCUCUCCUGGCAGUGCCAAAAGUUUUACAUCAAUCAAGCUACGCAGAUUUGCAUAUGAAUACAACACAGUCAAGUUGGUUCCCCGUUAGCUCAGGAAAAACAAUCAUUCUAAUCUCACGUUAAUCCUUUUUGAAUGAUCAUCACAUGUCCCAGAAUGCUGUCUGAGCGUCUGCCAGAAAUCACGGCACCCACAGUUAUCAGAGCUUGUGUCCCAACCACACUUAUCCAUUGCCAGCUCAGGUUUUCCUCUAGAGCUCUGGCUCAUGAUCAAUCCCUCUUUUCAGCAAGGACAGUUAAAUGAGAUGAUGCGGUUUUAGUCUGGUAUGCUUUGCUUAAUAACCACUGUUGUGGUUCCAAACUGCAUGCUCGAAAGAACACAUCUUAAGUUUUAAUUUCCAAAUUGGGUUGACGUUCCCUCUCUCUUUAUAAAACUAGCCUUUGGUGGAACUUUAACCAAUUACGACUCCACGUGUGCUGCCAGGGGUGUUUGACACCCGCCACACAAGCCGCACUAAUCUCUCAGGAAUAAGAAGAGUCGCCGCUCCUAAUCACUCCCAGCUGCUUACACGACCGUAUAAACACUGGAUUAGCACUUGGCAAAGGCAAAAGGGCAGACGAGUCAUUCAUCCCUCGUACCUGCACCAUCACAGAACAAAUAGCAUCAACACACGCCACUAUAACUCAGGAUCUGUGCAAAGGCACCAAUCCUAAAAACCAACGUUUAUACACAGGGAAAUCAGGGCCUGUUCUGCUAACCAGGGAAACAUUACAGGAGAACUACAGGAACAUUACCGUUUAUGACAAUUAGCCAUAUGAGUGAAGCAACAGUUCUUCAGUCAUUAAAAUUAUGAAAAGCACAUUUAGCAGGUAGACUUGCAUUAUUACAAUCACACCCUAUGCCAUGUGGGAAAGGAUAAUGGCGCUACCUGUGGCUGAAUGUUGCAGCCACGUCCUUCAGAGAUUAUACAUAUUUACGAGGGCAAUGUGCAACCCUUUAAUCCACCACGAAAUCAACUGCCUGAUUACUUUAUCUAAUUAAAAUGGGUUAGAUUGUGUACACAAAAUAGGAUUUGUUAAAUUAUCUUCUUUUAAAUCAGAUUUUCCUUUAAUUUCAUUUUUAUUUUGUCUUACUUUGUGUGUGGAAAUGAUAGGCAAAGGUCAACGCACAAUUUUGUCUGACUCAAUGUGCAAAAUGUGAUGUUCCUGAAAUAUCAAAUAGGUGCUGCUAAAAUGCGUAAGUGAUAGCUAUACAGAUUUUACUGACAGCUGUACAUCAAUUGUCAGAUCCACAAAUGCCACCAUAUCUCAAAGCCCUGUUUUGAUCAAAACUGUUUUUGCGAAACUGAAUCCAAAUGAACGAUUCUUACAUGUUUCUAAUUUCUUUGAGAAAUCUGUUGUUUGGGACACAGAUUUCUAUUUUGUAACUAACCUUAUUUGAAGGUUUUCUUUCUAUAUGUUUCUGACUUGUGGAUUGUGUACAAUUACUUAAUUAAACACCUUGAAUGAACUCAGUGA